GGGGGGCGGGAGAGAUUAGUUUGGGAAGUAGCACGGAUUGCUCAUCCGAUCCGUGCAGCCGCAGCUCGUGUGUCAAGUUACAGAGGCGCCGGAAUCGGCCCCAGCGCUCCUCGGCUGCGGCCACGACCCACCUCUGCCCAUGGGGCCCUCCAUGUGCACCCCUUCGCCCCGGGACUGAAACUGGCUCGCCCGGGCGACGGGAAACACCAAGAAGGACAGACAGUGCUGAACCAACUCCGGACUGCAGAUACUUGAAGGGAAAGACGGGGCAGAAAGGAGAGCCGGCCAGAUUUCCCUAACUUUCCUGGACUUGGAACGUUCUUCGAAGCAACUUUUUUUUUUUUCACCUGGGUGUACCCCCUGAUUACUGCUGGUUGUAUUUUUUUUUUCUUUUGCUCCCCCCGGCCCCCCUACCCCCAGCUGCUAUUUUUUUCCAUCCUCUUUGCCGAGAGCAAAGGAAAGGGACGUUUAUCCAGCGACACAAGCCUUUUCCCCCACUGCCCCGGAGCUUGAGAUCGCGCUUUGGGGCAGCGGCUCUCGCCUUUAUUUAUUCUAUUUAUUUAUUUAUUGGUUCUCAAGACGCGAGGGGAUGGUAGCGGAGCGCUCCGGCAAAGCGACAGCCGCCGGUGCCCGCGGCCCUGGGGAGCUGGGCGCGCCCGGGACAGUGGCGCUGGCGGUGGCGCCGGCGGAGCGCUGCGCUCGGCUGCCGAGCCCUGGGUCUUGCGGGCUGCUGGCGCUGGCUCUCUGCUCGCUGGCGCUCAGCCUGCUCGCCCACUUUCGGACGGUCGAGCUGCAGGCCCGGGUGCUGCGCCUGGAAGCGGAGCGUGGGGAGCAGCAAAUGGAGCCGGCUAUUUUGGGACGAGUCAACCAACUGCUGGAUGAGAAAUGGAAGCUCCACUCACGGAGGCGCCGGGAGACCCCGAAGACGUCCCCAGGAUGCCACUGCCCGCCAGGGCCUCCUGGUCCUGCUGGAAGACCCGGCCUCCCGGGGGACAAAGGUGCCAUUGGGAUGCCUGGACGUAUGCUUCUCCUUUCUGUUCCUCCCUCCUCCCCUCCCCUCCCUCUCCCCCUCCUCCCUCUUUUCUCCCCCACAGGGCGCCCCAGGAGAUGCCGGCAUGUCCAUCAUUGGUCCCCGCGGCCCCCCUGGUCAGCCAGGCACCCGAGGUUUUCCAGGAUUUCCGGGUCCCAUUGGGCUUGACGGAAAACCGGGCCGGCCAGGACCAAAGGGGGAGAUGGGACCUCAAGGACAAAAGGGAGAAAAGGGUCAGUGUGGAGAUUACCCACACCGGGAGCACCUAAGUGGCUCUCUAGCAGCUCUGCGCUCCAACCAGAUAAUUAUUCUGAAGGGUGAACAGGGCCAGGCUGGCAUCCAAGGCCCGCCAGGGCCACCAGGCCCUCCCGGACCGAGUGGACCUCUGGGGCACCCAGGACUGCCAGGGCCCAUGGGGCCGCCCGGCUUACCGGGGCCUCCUGGACCAAAGGGAGACCCAGGGAUCCAGGGCUACCACGGCCGGAAGGGAGAACGGGGCAUGCCAGGGAUGCCAGGCAAACACGGAGCAAAGGGGGCUCCUGGAACCACUGUGGCUGGGAUGAAGGGUGAACCUGGGAUCCCAGGAGCCAAGGGUGAGAAGGGGGCUGCAGGGUCCCCCGGGCCACUCGGCCUCUUGGGGCAGAAGGGAGAAAAAGGCGAUGCUGGCAACUCCAUUGAAGGAAGCAGAGGGGAGCCUGGACCCCCAGGGCUUCCUGGACCCCCAGGGCCAAAGGGGGAGGCUGGAGCAGAUGGCCCGCCAGGCCCCCCAGGAGAGCAAGGAGACAAGGGGGAGCCUGGAGCACCUGGAGAUCAGGGACCUACUGGCCCCAAGGGCUCCAAGGGAGAACCUGGGAAAGGAGAGAUGGUGGACUACAACGGGAACAUCAACGAGGCUCUCCAGGAGAUCCGGACACUGGCCUUGAUGGGGCCCCCUGGUCUUCCUGGGCAGAUCGGCCCACCCGGAGCUCCGGGGAUCCCAGGCGAGAAGGGGGAGAUUGGACUGCCAGGCCCUCCCGGACUCGACGGGGAAAAGGGACCUCGAGGCAAACCAGGAGAUGUGGGCCCUCCUGGUCCCCAAGGCCCCCCAGGAAAGCCUGGGCCUGCAGGAAUGAAGGGAGAAGAUGGCCUCCCGGGGAGCCCAGGAGAGAAGGGGGAGAAAGGGGAGACGGGGCAGCCAGGACCACCGGGUCUAGACGGCCCAACUGGGGAGAAAGGAGAACCAGGUGACCCAGGGAGACCCGGCGCGACUGGACUUCCUGGCCCAAUCGGGCUCCCAGGAUUUAUAGGAGAGAAAGGAGAACCAGGGGAGAAGGGUGACCCAGGAAUGGAGGUUCCUGGGCCGCCAGGGCCAGAGGGGCCUCCUGGACCUCCGGGGCUCCAAGGCGUUCCUGGACCAAAGGGGGAAGCAGGACUAGACGGAGCAAAAGGAGAAAAGGGCGUCCAGGGAGAAAAAGGAGACCGAGGUCCUCUGGGAUUACCCGGAGCUUCAGGUUUGGACGGCAGGCCUGGGCCACCGGGUACUCCAGGACCAAUCGGAGUUCCAGGCCCAGCGGGACCAAAGGGAGAGAGGGGCAGCAAAGGCGACCCUGGGAUGACAGGACCAACGGGAGCAGCUGGGCUUCCUGGUUUACACGGACCACCCGGGGACAAAGGAAACCGGGGGGAGAGGGGGAAGAAAGGCUCUAGAGGGCCUAAGGGGGAUAAGGGAGACCAAGGAGCGCCUGGAUUAGAUGCCCCCUGUCCAUUGGGUGAAGAUGGCUUGCCAGUCCAGGGCUGCUGGAACAAGUGAUGCCUCUAACCUGGGAUUGGCCUGUGUGUGUGUUUGUACAUAGAAUAUUUAUUUUUAUACAGUUUUCACUUUUUGAAAAUGCCCGAAGUAUGAUGCAUCUUACAGAUUAUUUUUUAAAAAAGGAAAACCUGCAUAUUUUGUACAGAAAAUACCAACCUCUUCCCUUUUGUUUACAAGAUGUUUUGCAUACGUCUAAGACUCUAAUACACUUUUCAUUUGUGAGUACGGCUGUAUGUUUGCAUGAUAUUUGUGCACACUUAUUAAGUAUUGAAGCUUAAUAAAUUAUUGUGUUCCAGUGCCAAAGGGGGCCAACCAGCACUUAGGUGCUGGCUGGUUUGUGUGUGACUUCACAGAUACAAGAAGGUCCAUGGUGUUUGCUAAGCUAGGUGUGUCUCAGAAUAUUUUAAACUCUUACGGAUUUCCACUAUUAAAAAAGUGAAACAUGGAAA